GAGGCUUACCGGGAGGAGCAACUUAUUUACAGACUAGUAAGACAAUCUCAGCAAGAGCGGAGGAUUGCUGUUCAACUCAUGCACGUUCGACAUGAAAAAGAGGUGUUAAGGCAGAACAGAAUUUUCAGGGAAAAACAAUAUGAAGAAAGACGACUGAAAGAGUUCCAGGAAGCUCUUGAUAGAGAAGCGGCUCUUGCAAAACAAGAAAAAAUUGAUUAUGAACAACAAAUUAUCAAAGAAAGAGAACGCCAUGAGAAAUUUGCAGUUGAAAGAGCUCAGGCACGUUAUAAAAAGCAUUAUUCUAUAUGUUGGGAAGUGAUCGACCAAAUCAUUGAUUUAUCAACAAAAGUAGGAGAAUAUCGUCUGCUGACAAACAAAAGAAUUCCAUUAAAACUGAUGCUUGAUUGGAAGGAAUUUUUUUUUAAUGGAAAACCAAUGUAUGAACAAGCCUCAAUUCAACCUUUGCCAAAUGAACCAAGCCCAGAACAACUUGUAGAGCUGAAUAAAAUGAAUCUGUUAGAUGAAAAAGAUUAUGGUGAAUACAAGGUACUGUCUGUUGAUACUCUGGUUCAGGAGGCCAUCCAAGCUUUUCUUAAAAAUGAAAUGAAAAGUGAACACAAUGUCAUUCUACAAGAAGCAGAGAGUUCUGGGGAACAAAAUGAG